ACCACAACCACAAGCACGCCUCAGCCUCAACAAAUCGCAGCAGCCGCAUCGCCUGCCUCACUCUCUUCUUUCAGUGCCAUGCCGCGCCCAGCAUCACACGAGCGUGCCCGCGCUGGGCCCUCGCAGCCGCGCCAGCCCGCCGCACCCGCGCCGCAGGCGGAUGCGGCCGAGAGCAGCAGCGAGUGGGGCAGCCAGAGCAGCGGCGGCGAGUUCGACGACGACGACAGCGACGCCGAGUCGGCCGAUGGCCGCGACGGCGGCUGGGGCAAGGUGGGCAGCGGCAGCGGCAGCUUCGCCAACGACCGGCGCCGCGAGAACAAGCAUGCGCCGAUGGAGAUGUCGUCGCGCAAGCCCGUGUCGCGGAAGCGCACCGUCAUCGAGACGCCCGCCAUAAAACGGCGCGACCCGCGCUUCUCGUCGCUCUCCGCCUCCGCACCCAACGCCGGCCUGUUCGAGUCGUCGUACGGCUUCCUGCGGCAGCAGCAGAUGGCCGAGCUCUCGGAGCUGCGCAAGACGCACCGCGCCCUCACCAAGCAGGAGAAGCACCACGCCGGGCCCAAGGCGCGCUCCGAGCAGGCGCUGCAGAUCCAGGCCGAGAAGGCGCGCGUCGAGGCGGCACUGCGCCGCACCGAGGGCCUGGAGAACGAGCGGCGCAAGCGCGAGCGCGAGACGGAGGUGCUGCGCCGCCACAAGCGCGACGAGGAGGAGAAGGUGGCCAAGGGCGGGCAGCGCUUCUUCCUCAAGGACUCGGCCAAGCGCACGCUCUUCCUCAAGGACAAGUACGAGCGCCUGGCCGGCGGCAACAAGGCAGGCGCCGGCGCCAGCGGCGCGGCAUCGUCCGACACGCCGGCGGCCAGCUCGCGCAAGGAGCUGCGCAAGAGCAUCGAGCGGCGGCGCAAGAAGAACGCGCAGAAGGAGCGCCGCGACAUGCCGGCGAUGGGCGCGCGCGAGAGCAGCGGUGCGGCGCCGCUGCCGGUCCCGCAGCGCAAGAGGGCAGCGGCGGCUGGGCGCGAGGGCGGCGAGGCGCCCCGGCCGCACAAGCGUGGACGUCGAGGCUGAAUGCAUGCCUCCUCUGCCGACGCUGCAUGGCCUGAGCUCCUCGUGAUCUGGCUGGCAGCACUCAGGCCUCGCUGUGGCUAGCAUAGAGCGGCGGUUCAUUGCGCAUUAGAGAGAGCCUAGCGUGGUGCAGACCGCGUGGAGUGGGAGUGUGAGACUCGAGCCGAAGAGCCAGAGAGGCGAGCGCUCGACAGCGCUUUCCGCGAGGCCGUCUCAUUGCGACGCACUGGUGGCCGCCAGCUUCGCCUGCGUCGCCAGCAGCUUCUCGGCACGCCGCCGCCGCCGCCGCACGCGCGCCUCGUCCUCCUCGAUGCGCUCGCGCUCCUCGAGGCGCUCCGAAUAGUACUGCCCCGCCUGCAGGAUCAGCACGCCGAUCAGCGCCACGGCGAUGACGGCGUUUGACGAGGCCAGCUCGCGCAGCGGCACGAGCGUCAGGUCCAGCGGGUCCAGCGGGUCGGCGGCGGGCGAGG